AUCAGUUAGCCAUUCCAUCGAGACAGGAAGCAAAACAAAGAAGAAGAAAAAACAAGUCAACAAAAAUUUCAGUGUGGUUUAAAGUUAAAGAAGUUUUAGAGAAACAGCAAUGGGAGGAUCACAGAGUGUGUUCUCAGAGCAGGAAUUGAGUGAUUAUCAGGAACUGACAUACUUCACAAAGAAAGAAAUACUACAUGUAUUCAAAAGAUUCCAAACUUUGGAUCCAGAUUCUGUUGAGAGAGAUAAGAAUGCCAAGCUUAACAGAGAGACCAUUCUCAAACUCCCAGAAUUACAGGUGAAUCCAUUCAAUGAUAGGAUCACAACAGUCUUCUCAUCGGCUGGUGAUGGUUGCAUGACAUUUGAAGAUUUCUUAGACAUGAUGUCUGUAUUCAGUGACAAUGCCCCCAAAAACGUCAAAGUGGAGUAUGCUUUCAGAAUUUAUGAUUUUGAUGAGGAUGAUGUCAUCAGUGGCAAAGAUCUAAGGGAGGUAAUAAACAGACUCACAGGCGAACAAGCCCUUAAUGAUGAGGAGAUGGAGCAACUCAUCCAAAAUAUUCUGGAAGAGGCUGAUCUGGAUGAUGAUGAUUCCCUCUCCUUUGCAGAAUUUGAACAUGUUAUUUCAAAAGCUCCUGAUUUCAUCAAUUCCUUCAGAAUUCGGCUGUAGACAUGGAGAAUUGCCAGACAAGGGAUCAAACCUGCUGCCUGUGAUACACAAACUAUUGCCACAAAAACUUUUGUUACAGUCCCUCGUAGGUUGUGAACAGAUAUUUAUGACUCUAUUGUUACUAUUUUACAUUUUAUUGUUCAUAACUUUUUAUAUAUAGCAUCUCAGUUAUUCUUCUGGUUCAAUUUCUCUCAUAGACUUGUUGACUUCAAAGACCAAUGAAUUUCUCUCGGUGCAAUCCAUAAUGAAUUGGUAUAUGUAUUUUAUGACCAAUUUCAGGGCACAGUUCAUAAAACAAAAUAUUUAAUGUUCAAAUGUAAUACAUGUAUCUCAUUUGUUGAUUUUUAGCUUCCUUUUGUAAAUUUUAUCCAAUUGUAUUCAUAACAUGUACCUAAAUGUAUGACAUCAUUUACUAUACAUGUAGUCUAUGUUUAAUGAAUUAUUUUAUGAAUACAUGUAUAGAAUAAACAAUAUAUGAUGCAGAGCUGACAUCUUCACAGGCAUAUGACUAUUGCAUGAGAAGCUUGUGUUAGAAGUCAAGUUGCGGAACGUAUUAUUUUACUCUUUAUCCAUUAUUUCUCUAUUGUUCAUUUACUGUGUUCAUGAAUGUUUGUUUAUUUCAAGAGUAUUUUUAUCACAUUAUAUUUUUAUUUCUAAUGGUACUGGGUUUGUCAUAUUUCUUUAUAAACAGUAAAUCACAUAUACAUGUAACAAUUUACCUAAGUCAUGCUGUUAUCCAAAUAAAUGAUGUCAUUUCCAUCA